GCACGAAAUUCUGCAUCGAGUGAUGGGCUUUUAAGGCAAAAAUAAAAACAUGCUCCUCUUUUGAAUUAGCCGCGCCUUACAGCGUGAAGCUGGUGACUCGAUUGAGUAUCAAUUGUUCGGAUUUAAAUUGCCAUAUAUACAAAACUCAAGAGAAAUUGACAUGGGAGUGAGUGGCAAAACUGAGCAAGAUAAGAGGAUCAUAUGAUUAGUGAGAGUAUUCAUUUGUAAACUGCACACUUCGAACCGCGAAGAGCUGACGAUUGGACACUAUUGAAUUCGACACGGAGGGACACUCUACUGGUUUUGGCCCUAAAACAUAAAAAUUUGCGUUGUAGAAAAGGUCAAGGUCAACGUAUAGCUAAUAUUCAUGCACUUAGAUUCGUGAUUUGGUAGCCAGAAAUCCAACAGUAUCAACGAGAGCCUGGUUUAAGUUACCAACAUCAUACGUUGCAAAAUUACUCAAUAACAUAAAAAUGGAUUCAUUACGUGUCAGUCCUGAUGAAUUAGCAACAUGGGAAUUAAUGGAUAGCGAAUUGGACACAAAAGCUCAAAAUGAAGAUGAAGAAAAUGAGUCGAGUGAAGAUGACAGUUUGCUUAGUGUAUUUGAAUCGAGACCUUGCUUUAAGAGAAAUCGAUGCGAAUAG